AUGCUGCUGACUCUAGGUCCGCCGUGUCUGGGGGAGAUGACAGCUGUCAUGGCAUGCUGGAAGCUCCACAGCUUCAACGAUGUUCAGUGCAGGAAGGAGAUCGAGGCGUUCAAUACCUGCUCUCGGGAAGUGAGAGCUAAUCCUGAAGCCCACAGAAUCCAGUCAGGUCAAAGGUGGACACCAGAUGAAGUCAACAUCAGACUUAGAAAAUUUGCGUGGUCUCAAUGACACACACAUCACUGUCCCAUAAUCAUGUUCAUAUCGUCAUCAUUUACGUUUAUGACUAUAUUAAAAAACGUUGGUUCUUUAUAUUAUGGCCCAAACAUCUCUAUCAAUACUUGGUUAUUGAUC